AUGAAUCAAGAAAUCUACGAAGAACUGCUCUUCGCAAGAACUUUGAUAACCGACACUAAAGGUGAAUCAGUAUUUCAUGUUUUACAGGAUUACUUCAUUGAAAAAGCAAUUCCUUUAUCAAAUAUAAUCAGUAGCUACAGAUGGAGCACCUGCCAUGCAACGCAGUUGUGUGAAGAAAAAGACGAACACUUUCAUCAGUUACUCCUUCACACUGAAGUACGCUGGCUGUCGAAAGGCUUAAGUUUGACAAGAUUUUUUGCACUUUUUGAGACUAUUUUAGAAUUUCUGGAUACUAAAGAUAAAAUUUUAAAAGAAAAUUUAAUGAAGAGGAAAACAGACAUCGCCUAUUUAACAGAUUUGUUUACAAAAUUUAAUAUGGUUAAUUUGCAAUUACAAGGCGACAGUUUAAAUUUGAUUAAAACAAAGUCCAUCUUAUCAGCGUUUCUUGCCAGAGUUAAACUAAUGAAGCAAAAUAUUGGACGGGGCGAAUUUUCUCAGUUCCCCAAUUUGUAUCAGACAAGCUGCCAGGAAGACGACGUUUCAACUUACUUUAAAAACGGAUAUCAACAAUUCUGGCUGCAAAACAACAUACCCGUUACUUAUCCCGUAUUAUGGAAUAUAGCGAGGAAAUUUUUAAUUUCCUUUCUAUCGUCAUACCUAGUGGAAAGGAGGUUCAGCGCUGUUACCAAUCUCCUAACGAAAAAAAGAAACAGACUGGACAUCAUUAGCCGAGGAGACUUAAGAUUAACCCUUACAAAAUUGACGCCAAAUGUUGAUAAUUUAUUAUUAAAGCAUCAGGUUCAUCCUUCUCAGUAA